AGACCGAUGUCACCGAGCAUACUGCGCAUGCGCAAGCUCGACGACGACUGACCGGCCGCCAUCUUAGUUGUAGUUCUCGGAGCGCUUGUGCCGCUGCGGUUUGCAGGACUCUCCGAUCAACUUGCGCCGUGUGAAGAAAAUCGACUUCGAUCAACAUCGCAUGUGCUUGACAUUACUACUCAGACCUUCUAGGCCUGUAUAUCGUGAUCAUGGCAUGUAGACCUAUAACCGACAACCAGGAAAAGUGGACCAGUCAGACAAAGUCACUGAACCCAUUCUUUGGAAAAGAACACAUCUAUAGGUACAUAGAAAGCAAAGGUGCUCAAAAACAUCGAGAUGCUGGGAUACGCCUCUUCACUUCAGGACAUUUGCAGAAGCUGCAGUUUUUGGAAGGCAGUGGUGCAGAGACCGUUGUACGUGCAGAAGUGCUAGCUUCCAUGACUACUAGGACCCUGUACAAGGCAUCCAUCAAGUUGUAUAAAUGUGAUGGUGAGGUAGUUUCGGGGAGCUGCACCUGCGUUGCAGGCAAAGGUGCAGUGUGCAAGCACAUCUGCUGUGUCUUGUAUGGUUUAAUGUACAUUGCACAGCAUGAUCUGGCAUCUGUGCCAGACUCUCUCUCGUGCACAGAGACAGAAAGACAGUGGUACCACCCCAGAGACCCCAGGAAGGUCACGGAAGAUUUUGAGAAUGUAGUCUUUUCCAAGGACACCUGCGACAGGAUCAGCUGUGCACCAGAACGACACCAAAAACGAAUUCAGUAUUCAUCUUUGAAAGCAGACAGAAAGGUGAUGAAAACACCCAGCCUGAUAAACUUGCAUGGCAAUCUUAAGAAAUGCGGCCUCGACUGCUUUGCCGACAUUCUCGAGGCAAACGACUUCUUGCCCGUGAGAAUUGCAGAAACAGCAAAUUGUGCUGAAGAAGACAAAGGAAUGCCGAAACGAUGGCUUGAUGCUGUAAAAGCUGGAAGUGCAGUCCAGUACACAGUUAAUGACGUGAAUGCUGUGGAGAAUGCCACAAGGCUCCAGAGUGGAUCACCCAUGUGGCAUCAUUACCGGAAAGGAAUUAUAACUGCAUCAUCGGCGCAUAGAGUGUACACAUGGGUGAAUAGUACGUGCAAAAGAAAGAUGGGGCCCCAUGAUGUGCGCUCUCUGCUAAGCACUAUCAUGGGUAAGAAAGUGCGUGCUACUUAUGCCAUGAAGCGGGGCCUUUUAUGCGAAGACAGCGCAAGGAAGGCCUUCCUUGAAAAAAAUAAACAGCACGUGGACAUCGACGUGAGGCAGUGUGGUCUUUUUUUAUGCCGCAACCAUCCUUUCCUUGGGGCAAGCCCAGACGGAAUCGCUACAUGCAGUUGUUGUGCACCACGCCUUUUGGAGAUCAAAAGCCCCAUGAGAAUUGAUGCAUUUUGCAAGAAUGAACUGCGUGGUGGAUGCCUCAAAGCCAGCAGCAGGUAUUUUACCCAGGUGCAGACACAAAUGGGGGUUACCGGUCUGAAGAGUUGUGUCCUCUUCGUGUACAGUGAAGAAAAGUGUGUGCAAGUUCCUGUACUUUUUGAUGAGGCAUUCUUCACUGAGCUGGUGAAGUGCUGCAAGUUUUUUGCUGACCAGUACCUGGUGCCUUAUUUCUCUGGAAAUUGGCAGCUUUCUUAAUCAGUGUAAAUUUACUGUUCCUCUUUGUCAUCCCUUUCUGCAUGAUUUAUAUUCUGCUGGUGUAUGAUGUACUAUGCGUAAUCUCACUUUAAUGACGUGUGCAGAAAAUUAUCCUCGGUACUAAUAUAUCCCAUGUAUCAUGUAUCUGGCCGAGGAGUGGCACAAAGCUGCUACAUAGCAGCUCUCUAUCUGUAAUAAUAAGUGUUGGGGCUUAAUGUCCCAAAACCACGAUAUGAUUAUGAGACACGCCGUAGUGGAGCGCUCUGGAAAUUUCGGCCACUUGGGGUUCUUCAACGUGCACCCAAAUCUAAGUACACAGGCCUCAGGCAUUUUCACCUCCAUAGAAAAUGCAUUGUGUAACACAAGAAACUGCGAACAUGCAUCGUUCAAGCUGGUUUAUGCGAGGAAUACCCCAAUGACGUUCAGUGCAAUGUGGCCAAAUGUCACCAACAAAGCCAAUCUUGAUCUCACAAUUUAUCUACAAAUGAGCCAAAGAAGCAAGACUGCUUGCCCUCCUGCAUAUCAAGACCCAACAAAGGAUUGACACUCAUUACUUCAAUGUUCAACGAUGCCACAAGGACUACCAACUGGUUUGGAUUAUGGACCUUGAUACGACAUAGCGAGAACCAUUUGUGAUGGUACUUAGGACCUUGCGAUGUAUGUGGACAUAUUGGUGUACUGGACUAUGAUGUCAUGCUUGGUGGCAUGACGGAAGAACUGUUCCUGCGUGCUACCUGAAGUUUGCCAUCUGCUGCAGCCCAUGCGAUUAUUUAUUUUUAUGUGACCUGCUCAUAUUACCACUGCUCAGCACAAAGCAUGUGUCUUGCCACUAUCUCUGUACUGCAAGUGUUUUUUGCCUGCACUGUGAAUAAUAUAUUUUCUCACCACAAGUACACCCCAAUAAACAACUCAUUCUGUACUGGUUAGAUUGUUUGCGUCUUCACCGACACAACCACGUGAACAGUAAUUUUGUUUGAAAGAAAAACCGUAGAAAAAGCUUUAUUCCUAACUGUAGGAGGUCGAACGUGUCUUCGCUUUGAGCGCCUAAGAAUGGUUUUGUCUUUCGUUAAAGUUUCAAGAUGUUGAGACACUUACACUAGCAGCAACGUUUAGAUAAAGCAAUGAAACUGUACAUAGGAGAGUAUUCACUUUAUUAUUCAGAGGGCAUUAACGCAUAAUUUACAAGAGGUGGACAGAAACAAAGUAAACACAGUUAUCUUGUACUGGCAUAGUUCAAGCAGCUCAUGAGCACAGAGGGAGACUGUUGGAUCAUGUGUGGGAACACUGAUAAUUUAAUUGUACGCUGAAAUUCUUUCAUAUGGCAGCCACUGGUUCAACAUAUAUCAAAGAAGUUAUCACACAUGUGCGUAACGUGCAUAGCAGUGCGUAAACCUUUCCUGCAAUCAACAGUGCAAGGACAUAUUGAUACAUUAAUGCAAGACAUCACUUAGGCAACGAACAGUCCCUGAACAUCAUUGCUGACAGUCUCUUGAAAGUG